GUGAGUCCCAGCGCGAGGUGAGUCCCACUGCCAGGUGUGUCUCACUGCCAGGUGAGUCCCAGUGCCAGGUGGUUCCAAGCACCAGGUGAGUCCCAGUGCCAGGUGGUUCCAAGCACCAGGUGAGUCCCAGUGCCAGGUGAGUCCCCAGUGCCAGGUGGGUCCCGGCAGAGCUCUCAGGAGGACCAGCCAUGUUCCAGCUGCUGCUGCUGGGUGCCGUGGUGCUCGGGGGAUACCUGUUCCUCACGCAGACGCUCUUCAAGAGAUCCAGGUGUAGGGGCAACGCCGCGGUGGCCGGCAAGACCGUCGUCAUCACAGGCGGGAACACCGGCAUCGGGAAGGCCACGGCGCUGCACCUGGCCCGGAAGGGGGCCCGCGUGAUCCUGGCCUGCCGGAACCGGAGCAAGGCCGAGACCGCCAUCGCAGAUAUUAAACAGGUAGGAACCAGACUGGUUCUAGACCACUCUAUAAU